CCGAUCAAAUUAGCGAUUGGAACAUUUGUUUUUUCAUUGUUUUUUUAAAUUUCUAAAAUUUUAAAUAUUUUAACUCUAAUUAACCGGUUGAGCCGAGGCUUAGUUACCCUCCUCAGCUAUUGAGCGGAGGUUAAAGCAUAGGGAGAUAUACCUUACUUCGUCUCCAAACGCCAGUAUUUUUGAUAAUAUUGGUUUUGGAAUUUGCACACCAACUGUUCGAGGUUUUGUCUCAGAAAAGCAGUGUCGUUUCAUAUUACUUGAUAAUGAAAAGAAGAUCUAUAAUGACGUUGUCAUCUUCAACAAUCCCAUGUCCAAAAUCAGACUCUAUGUUUGUUUCAGUGAGGCAAAUAUCAAGUGGUGGAAAGAGAUCAAAGAAGAAAAUAUACCAUAGAGACUAUCAACUUGACAAAGUAAUGGACUUGCAAAAGAAGCCAUCUUUAAUUCUUCAGCUAAAGUCCAUUAUCCAAUCUCAAAAGCAUCAAUCUCUUCUUCUUCGCGACGUUGAAAAGGAAGUUGGGUUUGUGGAAAAAUGGAACUUCGUGUCCAUCAUUGAGAAGUACCCUUCAAUAUUCCAUGUUGGUGGUGGUAGUGGAAAAGAACUCCCUUUUGUUACGCUCACUCGGAAAGCCCAAAAGAUUGCAAGUGAAGAGGGUGAGGCGAGGAAUUUGAUGGAACCCAUUUUAGUUAAGAAUCUAAGGAAGUUGUUAAUGUUGUCGAUUGAUUGUAGGGUGCCAUUGGAAAAGGUUGAAUUCAUUGGAAAUGAACUUGGUUUGCCUCUGGAUUUUAAAAAGUCAUUGAUUUUGAAAUAUCCCGAAUAUUUUUCCAUCAAAGAUAUCAAUGGUAGAGCAUAUGUUAACUUGGAGAACUGGGAUUCUUCACUGGCGGUGACUGCUCGCGAGGAGAGAUUUGCGAGUGAAGGUGUGUUGCAGUCUGCUGGGGGUCGACAGAAGGUUAGGAUCAUGAAAGAUGGUAACUAUCUGGGUCCAUUUGCAUUUAAAAUGUGUUUUGCUGCUGGUUUUAGACCGAAUAAGAGUUAUCUUGAGGAGCUUGAGAGGUGGCAGAAAAUGGAAUUCCCUUCUCCAUACUUGAAUGCAAGGAGAUUUGAACAUGCAGAUCCAAAGGCUCGGAAAAGAGUGGUGGCAUUACUUCAUGAGCUCCUCAGUUUGACUAUGGAGAAGCGGAUGACAUCUGCACAAUUGUAUGCAUUUCAUUCAGAGUACCUGUUACCAUCUAAAUUAGUGCUAUGUUUGAUAAAGCAUCAUGGUAUCUUUUACAUUACAAAUAAAGCUGCAAGGAGCACCGUACUCCUUAAAGAAGCUUAUGAUGGUACAAAAUUGGUAGAUAAAUGUCCUAUGUUGAUGUUCAAUGAUAAAUUUAUCGCACUUAGUGGUAGAAAUGAGAUCAGUUCAUGUAAUAGUUUGAAUUCUUCACAGGCUGUUAUGUGAAAUUUUGAUUCAGCUACAUCAAUAGUAUUGAAUAAGGGUUAUUUAAAAACUAGUUGAUGUUAGAUAUUAAGCAUAAAGUGAAGCUCCCAAAAUCCAAACAAUUACACUCCUAAUAUGUUGCAGUCAACAUUUAAUGUUUCAUCUUGCUGAAACAACUAAUAGUGUCAUUGCCUAUGUAAUGAUAUCAAACAUUUAUAUCCAGAUAUAAUGGAUUUUUUCUUCUUGUUUGUUUUUGGUUUGAACAUAGCCAAGACUGGUAUAUAGUAAUAGUGAAAUGCCUUCAUAGAGUUUCUUGAUAUACUUAAAUUUUGAUACAUAGGAGUUUAUGAGACAUAGUAUCACACUGAUGAUUAUAAUGAUGGUAUACUAUAAGUACCAUGACCGAGAGACAACAUUUUAACCAAAAUGCAACAUGUAAAAUCCUUUGAUACCAACUCACCGGAUAAAAUGAUCCAAACCCCCAAAUAAGUUUCAUUCUUUAAUUUUUUACAUGUUAAGAAAAGAGUAUGAUUUCAACCUUACGAGUUUUUGAGUUUGUA